AUGGAGGACGAAGAGUAUGUAAUGAUUGAUCUUGAUGACGUUUCAAGACACAUUGACAUUCCAUCAGAUGCUCCUUAUACUUUAUCAGGUUUGGAUACUUUGAAUCCGGUGUUGACCAUUGAUGGCAAAAUCAAGCUGGUUGGAGAAUAUAUAGAAACAAUUGGUACAUGCCUUGCUUUCUCUGACGACAUGGGUGAAAACCAGAAGAAGACAGUUGAACCUGUUGCCAAACUCCACAAGAUUCUUAAGUUUAGGUUAGCAGCUGCAUUAGACAAUGAAGAUGGAGAAACAAAGACAAGCCAUUUGUAA